AUGGCGUGUAAGUUUGCCGAUGAGUUUCUGCACUGUACUAAUUGUAGUGAAUUGUACACUGGAUUGCACACCGACAUACUUCCGUGUCUGCCCAGCGACUGUGAGCAGUGUACAAACACACUGGUCGAGAAGACGGGGCAAACCAUUCACUGUCAUCAGUGUGGACGCACAUAUCUCAUUAAGGUACCUGACUUUACGAAUGAGACAGCAAAAUUUGAUUUUGAUGAGUCAGCUAAAUAUUCAACAUGCUCAGUGUGUAGCAAAGACAAUGCACUUCAUAUGUGCAUGGACUGUGACAUUGCCAUGUGUGCGUUGUGUGUUGAGGUACAUGAGAAAUUUCCCGCCAUGCGUUACCACAUUAUAGCCGAAGUGGACUGUCAAAGUCCAAAGUGUACUCAAGUCUACUCAGUGCCAUAUUGCAGUCAACAUGUUGACAAUCGACUCAAGCUAUACUGUGAUCAGUGCGAGAUAGCCAUGUGUUUUGAGUGCAAAGUCCUCGAUCACUACGAUCACGAACAUAGGUAUAUAGAUGUCGCCGCUGCAGAUUACAAGGCACGUCUAGAGGAAACAAUUAAGAUAUUAAAUAUAAAGGAGCAUGAACUAAGUGUGACUAAGGUGUCAGUGCAGAAUGUGACCACUUCACUUGAAAACAGAUUUAAAACUGAAAAGACAAGUCUUUUAGAUCACAUUGAAUUAACAGUUGAAAACAUCGUUAGCAAAAUACAAGAGCAGGGAAUACUGCUUGAAAAUGAGAUGGAAAGGGAGUAUGAUGAUAAACACCAUAAACUGGAAAUACAGAUGAAUGAACUUGAUAUGUACGACAGUGAUCUACAAUGCGCACGAAAACACACACAAGAACUCAUGCAUUGUGCAAACCCAUUCCAGCUGUUGUCAGCAAAGAAAGACAUGGAAUCAAAGAUAAAUAAAAUAACGCUAACUGCAACAACACAGAGUCCAUCAGAAGAUGACUACAUUGAAUUUUGUCCUUCCAAUGAUUACUAUGAAACGCGAAUACUUGGAGAGGUAGUGAAUAGAAGGCCAUGCGAACAGAAAAGUGUCUCACAGAUUGCAAGAGUCGGAGAGGAGGUCAAUAUCACCAUGUCAAUACCGAAUGGUUGGCAGGGGUCCCGGCCUAGCAACAUAGAUGCUACAAUGAUGUCACAAGCGAAAAAGAAAGAAAAGGUUGAAGUUCUUGACAAUAAAGACGGAACUUUGUUAGUGAGAUACCGUGCUAACAGUAUAGGUGAACAUGAACUCUUAAUACCAGCUUAUAAGACACCUGUAAUGUGUCCCCCAAUUAGGAUUAAUGUUAUGCCUAAAAAGGGAUUGCUGUGUAAAUUUGGUGGCAGUGGUUCAGCAGCAGGCCAAUUGGGGUGUCCCUUGGGGAUUGCAUUGUCUACGUCUGGAAAUAUUUUAGUAUGUGAGGAAAUGAAUAGGCAAAUACAAGUAUUCACUAUAAACGGGGAACAUGUAAGAUAUAUUAAGUUUGAUGAUUUUGCUGAAGCAUUCAUUCCACUAUAUUUAGUUGCAUCGCUUGAUGGAACCAUAUUCAUCACAGACUAUGGUAACAAACAGGUCGUGGUGUGCGAUGAGUUUGGUACGUUAGUUAGAUGCUUUGGUCGAGAUGAACUGAAAGAUCCUCGUGGAAUUUCAAUUAGUCCGACCAAUGAAAGAGUGUAUGUGGCGGAUUGGGGGGCUCAUUGCAUCAGGAUGUACAGACAAGAUGGUAAAUAUAUUGCAUCUUUUGGUUGUCAUGGCGAUGGGGAUUUACAGUUCAAAUGCCUGUGGGGUCUUGCAGUUGAUAUCAAUGGGAAUGUCUUUUCCUCUGAUCGGAGCAAGCAAUGUAUCCAGGUCUGUGACAGCAAUGGUAUUUUUUUGUAUGCCUUUGGAAUAGAGAGCGGUUGUGAAAGUGCAUUUUGGGAUCCUGUUAGUGUGGCAGUUGACAAGGAUGGGUAUUUGUAUAUAACUGAUAACAACAAUGAUAGGCUGUUUAAAUGUGAUUCACAAGGAAACUUUGUUAGUAGAAUUGAUUGUGCAAAUGCAAGAACAGCUUGUCCAUUCGGCAUUUGCGUAAGUGAUGACAAACCACUUGGUCAUGUAAUAGUCACAGAUGAGACAAAUUGUGUCAAAAUAUUUGCACAAUAA